CCCUGGAACCACCAGUUGGAGAUACCAGAAGGCUGUGCAGUGAAGGAUUGUGGCUGUUGUGAAGUAAACAUGGAACAGUUGACAUGGUCUGCAGUGCUGCUCCUACUGGCUCUCUCAGUCAGAGAGACAUUGACACAGAGAAUCAUCGGAGGACAAGAAGUCGAACGGUACUCUAUCAAGUACCAGGCAUCUAUACAGUAUAACAGGAACCACUACUGUGGAGCCACCCUCAUUCGGCCCCAGUGGGUGGUGUCUGCUGCCCACUGCUGGAGACCGGCCCAGCUGAUCCAGGUGGUUUUGAGUGAGCACAGUCUGGUCGAGGAAGAAGGCUUCGAGCAAGUGUUCAACAUCUCCAAGAUCUUGGUCCACUAUAGCUACAACUACAAGACUUUCAACAACGACAUCAUGCUCAUCAAGCUCAGUGAGCCAGCCAAGCUCAAUGCCUACGUUCAGCCUGCCCCACUGCCAGAAGACGACACCCCUGCUCUCCCAGGGUACACCACCUGUAAGGUGAGCGGCUGGGGCGUCACGCAUAUCUACAGCUACUUCCUGUCCCCUGUGCUGCGUGCUGUGGAUGUGCAGACCAUUCCUUACUGCCACCACUACUACUACUGGAGGAUCACAGACAACAUGAUGUGCGCUGGGUCUCGCUUUGGUGGCAAGGACUCCUGUCAGGGCGACUCGGGCGGACCCCUUAUCUGCAAUGGAAACUUGGAAGGCAUCGUCUCAUGGGGAAUCAGCUGUGCCAACCCUUACUUCCCAGGAGUCUACACUCAAGUCAGAAUGUAUGUCAGAUGGAUCGACUGGAUCAUCAACAGUGACAACCCCAACAACUGAAUCAAGACCAAUGUCCAGGAAGGGUAGCGCACCCAGGGAAGAGAACAGUUCCACAAUGAAUUGAAUAGAAGGAUAUAAAUCACCAUGAGGUAAAAUAAAAUACUACACUAUUCCACUCCUGCUUGUCACAGUUUUAAACCAUAUGAACAAGAGCAGUGGCUGUGGCAUCACAUUAGCUGUGAGUAGAGGGCCAAUAUAGAAGCAAUAUUAGGGGAAGUAGCACAGAGAUCCUACAGUAUGUCAUUCUGUGUGGAAGAGCAAUAAACCACAAUUUUCUCAUAAAUUUAGUUAGCUUUGGACACUGACUAAAUGAUGUCUUUACAGAUAUCAGAUUUAAGCAUUGAGGUUCUGAGGUUGUAAGAAUCUGUAAGAAUCUGAUGAUUAUUAACCUUGAUUAUUAACCUUUAACCUUGUAUUAAACCAUGAUUGACAGUUCAACAGUUCAACUUUGUUAUUCUGUUGUGAAGAGAGAAAAAAUGCUAUAUAAACUGUUAAGACUCUUGCUUGAAAUGUACUGAUUUAUGUUACCAUACUAGAACGCAUUAAUUACUUUACAUGUAUAAGGUAUGUAUAUUUUGGGGUCAAUGUUUCUGAGGAGAGAGGUGAAAGGCAAUUGUUAGUCUCUGAUAAGGCAGGACAGCUGUGGAACUAAGGAGGAGUGAGGAAUGCGUCUCGAGGUCAAAUCAACAGAUGAAGUGAGAAGAAACCUAUGGGGGGGGGGCCAGAGUGGCCCACCACAAUGUCUUUCCUACUGUAGUACUUUUAAAAUGUAUUUUCCCUUUAUUUAACUAGGCAAGUCAGUUAAGAACAAAUUCUUAUUUACAAUGAUGGCCUACCGAGGAACAGUGGGUUAACUGCCUUGUUCAAGGGCAGAACUACAGAUUUUUACCUUGUCAGCUCGGGGAUUCAAUCCAGCAACCUUUCGGUUACUGGUCCAAUGCUCUAACAACUAGGCUACCUGCCGCCCCAGGUAGAAUAAGGUUUUAAAAAAUAUAUAUAUAUGUGCUUGUGUAAUCAUGCCUUGUCUUUACAGCUGUAUGACUCAGUGGGUGAAUAAACUUGGUAUGAGCUUUA